CUUGGGUGGAGGAAUGAUAUGAAGACGUCUUUUCUAUACCUCACAUGACUUCUGUUGGCUAGGAACACUCGAGUGCUUCUCCACUAGCACAAAUAAUGCAUUUUUAGUUCCUAAAAAGAGAGGCAACGAAAAAAGUUUAAAAAAUAAAAAUAAAAAACCCCCCGACCUCUCUCCACAUCUCUCUUCCCUGUUGUAUUUAAAUUAAUUUGGUCAUGCUUAUGAGCUGAGAGUGAAACAUAAUCAACAGAAGAUCGAGCAAGAGGUAUGGAGAGUUCAUGUGAGAAUGCAAGAAAAUAUUCCAAUAAUGUUUCCCUUCAAGAACUGAGAGACAGUCUUGCAGGGUUUGCUGAGUAUAGAGGAUGGGACCAAUAUCACAGUCCUAGAAAUCUCCUUUUAGCUCUAGUGGGGGAGGUUGGAGGGCUCUCAGAGAUAUUCCAAUGGAAAGGAGAGGUUGCCAAAGGGCUGCCCAACUGGAGUUCUGAUGAAAAGGAGCAUCUAGAGGAAGAACUCUCAGAUGUUUUGAUCUAUCUAAUUCGUCUUGCUGAUGUCUGUGGCCUUGAUCUUGGCCAGGCUGCAUUAGCCAAGAUUGUAAAAAAUGCCAAGAAAUACCCAGUUGCUGCUAAUCAAACUACCUGAUCUUCCCAUUCCCACCUUAAUUAUAACUAUAUACAUAUGUAUAUCAAGUUUUGUACCCUAGACAAUAAUUUCUCUGCAUUUCUCCUUUAUCAAACUCUUCUAUAACACAAAUACGCAUAGUCAGUUGGGUUUGAUUUAUCAAUCUCUUAGCAUAUUUUCUGAGAUAA